AUUUCUUCAUAAUUCCCGUAUUCUUCCGUAUUUUUAUUUACAUUUUUGCUAGACUCCCCUUUUUUAUUUUUAGGUUACCUAAGUUAUCAAAAGUCUGAGAGCUGUCACUCGAGAAAUAUAGAGUGCUGAUCACACGUAUGUAUUUUACCCAAAGCCAAAAGGCGGGUAAGAAGCUGAAAAAUAAACGAGGUGGUUAGCAAUUGAAAACUGUUUCUUCGUUGAAUGUUCGAGCUUACGUAUAUCUUUUAAUGCUUGUCAAGCAUAGCAUGAUUUUUUACAUUACUUUAACUUGUGAAAUUUGAAAUAGGGAGCAUAUACUAUGGAUGCGCCACUCUAUAUUUUAUGAUGACAACGACAACCCUGUCAAGAACACUGGUAACGUGGUAACAAUACAUGUCACCAUUGUUACCACUCAUGUUGACAAUAAUUUAUUUAUUAUUUAAUAUGUUAUAUUUUUGUAAAUCACUCACUUAAGAAGAAUUUAACUUUGUUAUCUAGACCAAAUAAUAAUGGCUGCCCAGGAAAGUAUGACUACGCCCGAAGAAAAUCAAAAUAAUAUGGAGAAGUGUUACGAAAAUUAUAUACUUAUCGACGUUGGUGCUAAUUUGACAAACAAGAAGUUUGGUAGGGACUUGGAAAGCGUUAUUCAAAGGGCCAAGGAUUCAGGUGUUCAAAAAAUUAUGGUAACAGGAACCUCCCUCAAAGGCAGCAAAGAAUCUCUGCGACUCACUAGGAUUUAUCCCAAUACAUUGUAUUCAACAGCUGGUAUACAUCCACAUGAUGCCAAAUCCUACACAGAUGAAACUUGGCUAGAACUUAGAAGGGUAGCUGACAAUCCUGAAUGUGUGGCUAUUGGUGAAUGUGGACUAGAUUUCAACAGAAACUUCUCUGAACCUGAAGACCAGAGAAUGGUGUUCAGAAAACAUAUUGAACUUGCCAUCGAGCUGAACAAACCCCUAUUUGUACACGAACGAGAUGCUUUUACCGACAUGAUCGAAAUAUUUGAGGAGUAUAAAGGUAGAUUGCCACCCGUGCUGGUACAUUGCUUUACUGGUACUUACGAACAAGCACUGGAGUAUCUGAACAAAGGGUUUUACAUAGGACUAACUGGAUACCUUUGUAAAGAUAAAUCAGAUACAGGUGUAAGGAAAUUACUAGAGAAUGGGUCGAUACCACUGGAAAGACUGAUGGUUGAAACUGAUUCUCCUUUUAUGUAUCCUAAUACAAGAGCCUCAAAGUUGCCAAAUCAUGUCAAAGAUGGUCUCACAGAAAGAUCUAUGACUUUCCUACAUCGUUACUGCACCUUUCAAAGAAACGAACCAUGCUCUUUACCCGCCAUUGUGGAGAUGAUAGCUGCCUUUAUGAAGAAAAAUCCUGAAGAUGUGGCUUUAGCUACAUCAUUUAAUGCGAUGAAGGUUUUUGGUCUCUCCUGAUCUCAUUAAUUAAAUUAUAGCUCCUGAAAGUUUUGUAUUAUUAUCAAUAUUGAAAUCACACAAUACAUUAUGAACUUUUAGGAGGCCAAUGUAGUUCUUUAUAAUGUUGGUCUGAUUGCUCUUCCAAUAUUUGUUGGAAAAGCUCUUUAUACAUCUUGACUGCAUAUCAUAAUUUUGCCAUAGAUUAUAAGACAACGCUGUAGUAAGACGUUUGCAACGAUUUAUUGUGAAUUUCAGCUGAUUAAACUAUAUUUAUUUGGUAGCUUUAUGUGUAGAUGUACAUGACUGUAGCUGGAUUCCUAUAUUUUUAUAAUAGAAAAGUCUAUUCGAAUUUUUAUCGCUGUGCGUAACUUUUUUUGUGAUAUAACUAUAUAUUUUGUUAUAUGAUGAAAACGUGCCUUAAAUAUUUCACAAAUAUAUUUUUAAAACAG